AUGGGGCCUCUGCAGGGCGAGGGCAGGCUGGCCCUCGGGGAGUCGGAUGCGGCCCCAAGGCUGAGUCCAGUCGGGGUCUGGUCUCCGCCUCAGCCCCACAAGGAGCCUGCCCUACACGACAUGGGGUUGCCGCUGCCCAAGAAGACGGGGCCCAUUCUCUGCCUGUGGAGAAAGUUCUGUAGGUGGUUCCAGAGACAGGAGUCCUGGGCCCAGAGCCGAGAUGAGCAGAACCUGCUGCAGCAGAAGAGGAUCUUGGGGUGUCCUCUCCUUCUAGCUGCCAAAGAGAAUGAUGUCCAGGCUCUCAACAAGCUGCUCAAGUAUCAGGCCUGCGAGGUGCACCAAAGAGGAGCCGUCGGGGAGACAGCGCUGCACGUGGCAGCCCUCUACGACAACCUGGAGGCGGCCACGGUGCUGAUGGAGGCUGCCCCGGACCUGGUCUCCGAGCCCAUGACCUCUGAGCUGUACGAGGGUCAGACUGCACUGCACGUGGCCAUCCUGAACCAGAACGUGAACUUGGUGAGGGCCCUGCUCGCCCACGGGGCCAGCGUCUCCGCCAGAGCUACAGGUGCAGCUUUCCGCCACAGCCCGCACAACCACAUCUACUUCGGGGAGCACCCUCUGUCCUUCGCCGCCUGCAUGGGCAGCGAGGAGAUCGUGCGUCUGCUCAUCGAACAUGGAGCGAACAUCCGGGCCCAGGACUCCCUGGGAAACACAGUGUUGCACAUCCUCGUCUUCCAGCCCAACAAGACCUUUGCCUGCCAGAUGUACAACCUGCUGCUGUCCUACGAUGGGCGCGGAGGCCACCUGCAGUCCCUGGACCUCGUGCCCAAUCACCAGGGCCUCACCCCCUUCAAGCUGGCGGGAGUGGAGGGCAACACUGUGAUGUUCCAGCACCUGAUGCAGAAGUGGAAGCACAGCCAGGGGACAUUUGGGUUGACGAGCUACACCCUCUAUGACCUCACGGAGAUCGAUUCCUCCGGAGAUGAGCCAUCGCUGCUGGAACUUAUUGUCACCACCAAGAAGCGGGAGGCUCGCCAGAUCCUGGACCAAACGCCGGUGAAGGAGCUGGUGAGCCUCAAGUGGAAGAGGUACGGGCGGCCCUACUUCUGCCUGCUGGGCGCCUUGUACGUGCUCUACAUCAUCUGCUUCACCAUGUGCUGUGUCUACCGCCCCCUGAAGCCCAGGACUGAUAACCGCACCCAUCCCAGGGACAACACCCUCCUGCAGCAGAAGCUACUUCAGGAGGCCUACGUGACCCACCAGGAUGCCAUCCGACUGGUGGGGGAACUGGUGACUGUCAUUGGAGCUGUGAUCAUCCUGAUCGUAGAGAUUCCAGACAUCUUCAGGGUGGGGUUCACGCGCUUCUUCGGACAUACCAUCCUCGGGGGGCCGUUCCAUGUCCUCAUCAUCACCUACGCCUGCAUGGUGCUGGUCACCAUGGUGAUGAGGCUCACCAACACCAGUGGGGAGGUGGUGCCCAUGUCCUUCGCCCUGGUGCUGGGCUGGUGCAACGUCAUGUACUUCGCCCGAGGAUUCCAGAUGCUGGGCCCCUUCACCAUCAUGAUCCAGAAGAUGAUUUUUGGUGACUUGAUGCGAUUCUGCUGGCUGAUGGCUGUGGUCAUCCUGGGCUUUACCUCAGCCUUCUAUAUCAUCUUCCAGACAGAGAACCCCGACGAGCUGGGCCACUUCUACAAUUACCCCAUGGCACUGUUCAGCACCUUUGAGAUGUUCCUCACCAUCAUCGAUGGCCCUGCCAACUACGACGUGGACCUGCCCUUCAUGUACAGCAUCACCUACGCUGCCUUCGCCAUCAUCGCCACCCUGCUCAUGCUCAACCUCCUCAUCGCCAUGAUGGGCGACACUCACUGGCGGGUGGCUCAUGAGCGGGAUGAGCUCUGGAGAGCCCAGGUUGUGGCCACCACGGUGAUGCUGGAGCGGAAGCUGCCUCGCUGCCUGUGGCCCCGCUCUGGGAUCUUUGGGGGAGAUUACGGGCUGGGGGACCGCUGGUUCCUGCGGGUGGAAGAUAGGCAGGACCUCAACCAGCAGCGAGCCCGCCGCUAUGCACGGGCCUUCCACAACCGGGGCUCCUAUGACUUGGACAAGGACUCAGAGAAACUGCAGCCGCGCCGACCCUCUGGCCCCAACCUGUCCCAUCCCACCCCCUCAGUGUCGCGAAGCACCUCCCGGGGCAGCACCAACUGGGAGAAACUUCGGCAAGGGGCCCUGAAGACAGAAUUGAAGGGUGUGGUCAACCGGGGUCUGGAAGAGGAGAGCUGGGAAUAUCAGAUCUGA